AUGGAUAUCCAUAUUGUAUUGAAGGUGUUAGUGUCCAUUACUGUGGUUGGAAUAGUGGGAUUGUUCAUACGUCUGUAUAAUGCACUGGUGGCGAAGCCAAAGAAGCUUCAAGCCGCGUUGAGGAAGCAAGGGAUAACCGGUCCACCGCCGACUAUUUUACUGGGAAACAUCUUGGAGAUCAAGAAGUCCAGAACCCCAAAGUCACCAACCUGUGGAGCUCCGGAGAACCACGACUGUGCCAAUGUUCUUUUUCCCUUCUUCGAGAAAUGGCAAAAGCAAUAUGGUGAAAAGUUCAUGUUUUCUUUGGGUAACACACUAAUAUUAGAAUUAACUCAACCUGAUAUGGUGAGAGAAAUAACCACAUGCACAUCUUUGGACCUGGGGAAGCCUUCAUAUCAAGCCAAAGAGCGUGGUUCUUUGCUUGGCCAAGGCAUUCUGACCUCAAAUGGACCUUAUUGGGCUCACCAAAGGAAAAUCAUAGCACCUGAAUUGUACAUGGACAAGGUUAAGGGAAUGAUGAACUUGAUUACAGAGUCUACAAUCACCAUGAUCAACUCGUGGAAAAGUAUAGUUGAUUCUCAGGGUGGAAUUGCCGACAUAAAAAUCGACCAACAUAUGAGGAGUUUUUCUGGGGAUGUAAUAUCAAGAGCUUGUUUCGGGAGCAACUACACCAAGGGAGAAGAGAUUUUCCAUAGGCUCAGAGCUCUCCAAGAAGCUUCAUCCAAGAGAGUUUUGUCUACUGGUAUUCCUGGCAUGAGACAUCUUCCUACUAAGACCAACAGGGAGCAAUGGGCACUCGAGAAGGAAAUUCACAGAUUGGUUUUGGAGGUAGUGAAAGAGAGGAAAGAGGCUGGGUAUGAGAAGGACCUAUUGCAAAUGGUUCUUGAAGGUGCCAAAAACACAAACCUGGCUCCAGAAGCACUCGACCGAUUCAUCGUUGAUAACUGCAAAAACAUCUACUUGGCUGGCUAUGAGACCACCGCUGUCUCCGCCACAUGGUUGCUUAUGCUUUUGGCUUCGCAUCCAGAAUGGCAAGCUCGCGUUCGUGCCGAGGUUCUUGAAGUUUGCAAAGGCCAAACUCCAGAUGCUGACAUGUUGCGGAAGAUGAAACAGACGACGAUGGUGAUUCAUGAAUCAUUACGACUUUAUUCUCCAGUAGCAGUAGUGUCAAGAGAGGCCUUGAAGGACAUGAAAUUUGGUGACAUAAAUGUUCCUAAGGGUGUUAACCUCUGGACCUUUGUGUUAACACUGCACACUGACCCUGAAAUUUGGGGACCCGAUUCCUACAAGUUUAACCCAGAGAGAUUUGCAAAUGGAAUCACAGGUGCCUGCAAGCUUCCACACUUGUACAUGCCAUUUGGUGUCGGCCCUCGGGUUUGUCUCGGACAGAACUUGGCCAUGGUGGAGCUCAAGAUACUCUUAUCUUUCAUCCUGACCAACUUCUCUUUCACACUUUCGCCUACUUAUAUCCACUCACCGGCUUUGAAUUUGGUCAUAGAGCCUGGGAAUGGGGUCAAUCUCUAUGUGAAGAAAUUGUAGGCUUGUUUUGCCUCAGAAAUUAGUUGAUCCACCCACAGAGUACCAUACUGAGGAAUAAGAUAAAAGAAAAGUUACCUUUUCUUGGGCUCUCUCCUUCCUUUUUCUUUUGUGCUUUAUUUGCCUGAUUAUUCUCUUGUAAUAAAUAGCAAUGAACAAAAACAAAAAUAUGAGAAAACAGAUAUUGAAUACUACAUGAGAAUUGUACAAGAUAUUUAAUUUUUUGUUGAGAAGAGAUUCUAAUUCUGAUAUUGUAUACCAUAUGCUCUGUUCCCUUCGAA